UUUGUUUGUUUGUUUUUUUGUUUUGAAUUUUUUUUAAGUUCCCAGGACCUCAAAUUUGGGUGUGACGAGGUCACCAGAGGAGGGGGCUGAGCCCAUUGAGUCACAGUGCCAGCUGUGGGAGGCGGGCCCAGACCCCUAAUCGGUCCAGGUUUUUUUCCACGACUCAACUCUUCCCUGGCAGUUUCCUGAAAACAAGUUGUGUGAGCACAGGCCGUCCUCCCUGAUGACCGGCUGCCCUGCUGGCCUGCCCCUCUCUGCCGGUGUAAGGGGACAGGAAACAGCUGCUUCAGGACUGGAAGGGGCCCUGCCUGCCUGGGGGUGGGGUGAGGGAGGUUUUAGGGACACAGACUGGGCAUAGGUCCGGAGUGGCAGGGUCCCCCCAGCAGUGGAGCAGGGGAUAUUCAAUGGCUGGUGGGUGUCGGGGUACAGAGGUGGUCAUCAGAAGUGUGGGAGGUUAGGAGGGGCGAUGGCAAAGGUUGCCAGGUGGUUGGCACAUAGAGCACUGGGUCAGGGAGAGGACAGAUGGGUCCGGCAGACCCCUGGUGGUGGAGGCUCGGUGGGCAAAGGGUCCCCGGAAGAUGGGCAGAGCCCAGUCUGAGGGCAUUUCCCGCAGAGAGCUGACCUGGUUGCUCUGUGCCUUAGUUUCCCCAUCUGGAAAAUGUGAAUGAUAAUAUCCACCUUACACAAUUGUAUGGGGCUUGCAUUUAAUCAGGCAGGGCAUACAGUAGGUACUGAAGACAGCUUUCCCUUCCUCAAAGGUUUUUCGUGUGAGCUCUUCAAAGCCCCAUUUUCCCUGCCCUGUGCUUUCUGAUUGUCCCUGUUAAUUACCACAUGAGAUGUGGCCCACCGUCCCUCGGUUUCGUAGAGCCUCCAUCAUGUUUCCCGAAGAGUCCCCCCAGCCCCAGGUAUAGCCACAGUUCUGACAACCUGGGUGCUUAUAGUUCCAUUACAAGCUCCUACGAGCCAGGAACAGAACCCUGUGGCACUCCACUAGAGACAUCCUAGGGAGAAAGGUCUCCACUGAUUUGAAUCCUUGGUACAUCUGGCCCACGACUCUCCAUCAUGACGACAAGGCUCUCGCAAGUGACCUGGUAAAAACUCAGAGGCACAAUUAUAUCUUGUCUGCAUUUCUUUAAGGAAAAAAGAUUCAAGUGACCCUGCAUUUGUCCCUUUUUUAAUAUGCAGAAUCUGACCAGAUGAAUUUCUACGGAGCCCAUGGAGGGCUUCCAGCUCUCACCUUCUUCUUCUGAAGGUUCACACCUCAUCCCUUAGAGCACCAGCUUCUAAUUUUGCUCUGGGACUGACACAGCUUGGCAGGUCUGGAAUGACCCUUCCCAGCCCCCACACCUAGUCACUCAUGCUCUCUGAUGACUGUCCUCUCUUCUUGGUGCCCUUCCUGCCUCCUCCUCCCCAGCACGCUGAGGCCUGGACCUGGGGACGCCCACAUUCAUUCAUUCUGAAGUUCCAAGGCCUCUUGAAGGAUCAGGGAGGACAGGACAUAUGUGUGUGGGAGGGUGGAUGAGGGUCUGUUUACUCACUUAGAGUUCCAGCCGACUCCAGAGGGAUGGGGCCAGCCCCAGCCUCACCCCCUCUGGGGACAUUUUCCAGGGUGUGUCUGGCAGCUACUCCAGAAAACAUGGCCAAGUUUGCCCUGAAUCAGAACCUGCCUGACCUGGGUGGCCCUCGCCUGUGCCCCAGCACCACUGAGGGCGCCCGCAGCCCGAGCUCGCCCUACUCAGUGGAGACGCCCUAUGGCUUCCACCUGGACCUGGACUUCCUCAAGUACGUGGAGGAGCUGGAGCGCGGCCCCACCACCCGCCGCGCCCCCGGCCCCCCGCCUGCGCGCCGCCCCCGUGCACCCCGGGCGGGCCUCGCAGGCGCGCGUAGCCCAGGCGCCUGGACCUCCAGCGAAUCCCUGGCCAGUGACGAUGGGGGAGCAUCGGGCGCACUCUCCCCCGGCGCGCCCUCGGGACUCCUGCUGCCGCCGCUGUCGCCGCGCGUGCCCGUGCGUAAUCCGCGGGUCGAGCACACGCUCCUGGAAACUAGCCGACGGCUGGAGCUGACGCAGGCGCACGAGCGCGCGCCCAGCCCCGCCCGCGCCGUCCCGCGCAGUCCGCGAGGUUCUGGUCGCAGCAGCCCCGCCCCCAGCCCCGCCUCCAACCCCGCCCCCGCCUCUCCCGGUCCCGCGCAAUUGCAGCUGGUGCGCGAGCAGAUGGCCGGGGCUCUGCGGCGCCUGCGCGAGCUCGAGGAACAGGCGCGCGCGCUGCCCGGGCUGCAGGAACAGGUGCGCGUGCUGCGUGCGGAGAAGGCGCGGUUACUGGCAGGACGCUGGCCCCCGGAGCCCGACGGGGAGGCCGAGGCGCGCCCGGACAAGCUAGCUCAGCUUCGCCGGCUCACCGAGCGCCUCGCCACCUCCGAGCGUGGCGUUCGCUCCAGGGCCAGUCCCUGGGCCGAUGGCCCCGACGGGCCGGCUUCUAGGGGCAGUGAAGGCGCGCUCCAGGCCCCCGACGCAGCCGGGACCCCAGACGGGGCGCUGCAGACGCGGGAGGCUGGCGUCCAGGCGGUGCCGGAGACCCAAGACGCCAGGGCCCAGGCAGUGCCGGAGACCCGGGAGGCUGGCGUGGAAGCGGCCCCCGAGACCCUCGAGUCGGACGCGUGGGUGACCGAGGCGCUGCUGGGGAUGCCCGAGGCCGCCGAGCGCGAGCUGGAGCUGCUCCGCGCCAGCCUGGAGCACCAGCGCGGGGUGAGCGAGCUCCUGCGCUGCCGGCUGCGAGAGCUGGAGGAGGCCCGAGAGGCUGCCGAAGAGGAGGCAGCGGCAGUUGCGGCGGCUCAGCCCCAGCCGCACGAGGCUGCUACCCAGACCCCGUGGGCUUGCGCCGCGAAGGCCACACAGACCGAGACCCCCGCCGAGGACCCUGGCCUGAGCCAGGAGAACCCGAAGGGACCCAUGGAUGCAGACAGAGCCAUGGCCCCUGCGGGCAUCCUCAAAUCCAUCAUGAAGAGGAGGGAUGGUACACCUGGCGCCCAGCCCAGCCCUGGACCCAAGAGCCUGCAGUUUGUUGGGGUCCUCAACGGAGAGUACGAGAGCUCAUCCAGCGAGGACGACAGCGACAGUGACAGCGACAGCGAGGACGGUGCUGCCGAGCCUCCAAGGAGCAGCUCCUCCGGGGAGGACAGCGGCAGGGAUGUUGGGGACGACAGUGGCAGGGAUGCCCUGGACCCGGAGCUGGAGCCCGAGCCCGCGCCCGAGCUGGAGGCAGAACCUCAGCCUGGUGCGCAGGGGAGGUGCGAGCUGAGCCCGCGUUUGAGGGAGGCGUGCGCAGCGCUGCAGCGACAGCUGAGCCGACCCCGUGGAAUCACCCGCGAUGGCGGCGCGGCGCGCCUAGUGGCCCAGGAGUGGUUUCGAGUGUCGAGCCAGCGGCGCUCUCAGGCAGAGCCCGUGGCGGGGGUCCUGGGCGCGGUGGCGCGCCUGGGACCUGAGCUCCUGGUGCACGUGGUGAACCUGGCCGAUGGCAACGGGAACACAGCCCUGCACUACAGCGUGUCCCACGGGAACCUGGCCAUCUCGAGCUUGCUGCUGGAUACCGGGGUCUGCGAGGUUGACCGCCAGAAUCGGGCUGGCUACACGGCCCUCAUGUUGGCUGCACUCACCUCUGUGGGGCGAGAAGAAGACAUGGCUGUGGUUCAGAGACUCUUCCACAUGGGCAACGUUAAUGCCAAGGCCAGCCAGGUGCGUGGACACUUCUUCCUUUGCUCCCUGUCUAGUGAGGUCACUUCUGGGUUUGUCUCUGACCUCCCUUCCUCCAGUGCCGCUCCCGCACAACCCUUUCCCCUUCUUUGUCCCCAGACAGGACAGACAGCCCUCAUGCUGGCCAUCAGCCACGGCCGCCAGGACAUGGUGGCAGCCCUGCUGGCAUGUGGGGCAGAUGUGAAUGCCCAGGAUGCGGAUGGGGCCACAGCGCUGAUGUGUGCCAGUGAGUACGGGCGCCUGGAGACUGUCCGGCUGCUGCUGGCCCAACCAGGCUGUGACCCGGCCCUCCUGGAUAAUGAGGGCACCAGCGCCCUGGCCAUUGCCUUGGAGGCCGAGCAGGAUGAGGUGGCUGCACUGCUGCAUGCGCACCUGAGCUUGGGCCGGCCGCAAUCCCCGGUGAGUGCAGCCCCUACACUGCAGGGACCAGGCCCCCCUGCCACACGCUGGCUUCAGAGAGCAUACCAAGUGUGCCCUGGGAAGGAGGCCUCCUUUCCACCUUUCCUGGGGAAGCACCCAGGGUCAGGGGAACCUGGGUUUGACCCCUUGCAUGUGGCUGAGGUUCCCCCUGCAAAAUACCUGUGAGACGCACCUCCAUGUCACAGGUCACGAGCCCAAGGUCUCCAGAGGGGAAGUGAUCUAAGAUCAGGUGGAAGCUGUUAGACCUAGCUCCCACUUUCCCUGUCAGGGGACUCCUGCUACCGCCCCCAAGAGGCUUCCACCACAGGGGAAUCCUGCCCACGGGUAACUGACAGGACCCCUCCCCCACCUCUCCCCAGUCACCCCUUGAGUCCCCCACAGCUGUGCCUGGUGAAGGAGAACACAGUGACCAUAAAGAAGACCCCCA